GUCUUGUCUAUGGAGGCCAACUGGGCAGCUCAGCAGCCUAGUCAGCACAAUAAAGGAAAUGAUACUCAUUAAUUUAACCCCUCUUCUCUUCUAACUCCAUUCCCAAAACCCCCCAAUAGAGAGAGCCUCCCAACUACAUCUUCAUUUCUGCUCCAUUCUUCUCCUCCUUCAUUCCAUUGCCAGUCCUUCCAAACUCUUCUUCUAAAUCAUUCCCUUACACCUAGAAUUAGAAGCCCAUCUGGUCCAGAAGGGGAGUGAUUGAUCAGUGAAGCAGAGGAAAACAGAGAAGUAGAUAGUGAAGGAAGAAGGAGAACAGAGGGUCUAAGAUGUUGUCGUGCAUAGCGUGCACGAAGCCGUCGGCGGAUGACGAAGGGGAGGAGGUCGGCGGCGGAGUAGCGUCGGCGCGUGGAGGGAGUGAUACUCCCAAUACUAAAGAAGCCGUCAAAAGCCUGACGAAUCAGAUCAAGGACAUGGCACUGAAGUUAUCAGGCACAUACAAGCAAUGCAAGCCCUGCACAGGAGGAUCAUCCAGCAGCAACUACAAGAAAGGACACCACCGCCCUUACCCUGACUUGGAUGCAGCCUCGGAAGGAGGCGUUCCAUAUCCUUACUUCGGUGGCGCGGCAAGCUCCAGUUCCACGCCGGCAUGGGACUUUCCUGGCCGCGGCGGCGGCGGAGGGAGAAGCGACACCAGAUUCGCUUCAGGGGAUUCAUGCGAUGUGGUGAUCGACGAUGAGCCCAAGGAAUGGAUGGCUCAGGUUGAACCCGGCGUCCACAUUACCUUCGCUUCCCUCCCCAAUGGGGGCAAUGAUCUCAAACGGAUUCGGUUCAAGUGUGUGUUAAUUUAUAGCUCUCUCUACAACUCAGGGUUGCUCUGUUUUGCUGUUGUUGUUGUUGUUGUUGCAGAAGCUGACAUUGAUUAG